AAACAACACAAUUCCCAAGAAGCCUCAAGACUCCAAAACAAAAAAACGAAAAAAACGUCAGCUGCAGCUAACGUGACUAGACACAACAAACAUGCGAAGAAUGAUCAAAGCUCCAUCCUCAGUCCCCUCCUGACUCAUCUCCAAAACAGCGCUAGAUUUUCCCUCACACCCCCUGACUCACUCUUCACUCGCCCUCUGUGACUCACCUACAAAAACAGGAAUACCAAGACAACUACUUUUUAAUAUUUUUUUUACCUGAUUCAGUUGAUGAUGGGAUCGGCGGAGGAGAAGCGUAUAGAGGACGAGCUGUCCUAUCCGAUUUUGCUAGCGGAGCGAGUUCGCUCGGCGGCGGACGAAGCCAGGUCGUUUAAAGCCGAAUGCGGGGAGGUUGCCAAGCAAGUGGAUCGGCUUUCCCAAAUGCUUCGAACCCUGGUCCGGUUCACCACCUCGGUUCAAUCCCUCUACGAACGCCCGAUUCGCCGGUUAAUAUCCGAGGUUUCCAAAAACCUAGAGCGAGCCCUCACUUCAGUCCGAAAGUGCAAGCGGCAGAGCAUCUUGCGUCGAGUUGUGAGAAUCACGAGCGCCACCGAGUUCCGCAAAGUGUUAAACCUUCUAGACGCUUCCAUCGGCGACAUGAAAUGGCUCAUGGGCGUCCUCGACACCGAAAACAACGGGACUUCGAGUGGAAUCUUCCUUUCCCUUCCUCCAAUCGCCAGCAACGACCCGAUUAUUUCGUGGGUGUGGUCUUACAUCGCAACCGUCCAAAUGGGCCAAUUAACCGAUCGCAUCGAAGCCGCCUGCAACCUCGCUUCCCUCGCUCAAGACAACGACCGAAACAAAAAAAUAACCGUCGAAGAAGGCGGCGUCCCUCCUUUACUAAAACUUCUGAAAGAAAGCUCCUCAACGGAAGCGCAAAUCGCGGCGGCUAAUGCGCUUUUUGUUUUGGCAAACGAGCACGAAAGAGUUAGGAGUAUUGUUGAUGAAAUGGGGGUUCCAAUUGUGGUGCAAGUGUUGGGAGAUUCUCCUAUGAAGGUUCAAAUUCCGGUAGCGAAAUUGGUGGCGAGAAUGGCGGAGCAUGAUCCGGUGGCUCAAGAGGAUUUCGCCAGAGAGAAUGUGAUUAGGCCGUUGGUGACUUUGUUGUCGUUUGAGACAUUUGUGGAAGAUUCCAGGACCCAGAUGGGUAAGCAAAGCAUUCAUUCUAUAGUUCAGAUUAAUAAAGAAAUGGAGAAAAAUUCUUCGAUUGGGUCAAAUUCGACGAAUUAUAGUUAUCGACCCUAUACCAAUUCCUAUUCUAAUUUGCAUAUGGAAGGUAGUAGUAGGGGAGGGAAUCAUAGGAAAGAAAGGGAAAAUGAGAAGCCUGAAGUGAAAAUUCAGUUGAAAAUUAAUGGCGCUGAAGCUUUGUGGAUGCUUGCUAAAGGGAGUGUUUCUAAUAGUAGGAGGAUAACUGAGACAAAAGGACUGCUUUGCCUGGCUAAGUUGGUGGAGAAGGAGCAAGGUGAAUUACAGUAUAAUUGUUUGAUGACAAUAAUGGAGAUCACAGCUGCUGCCGAAUCCAGUUCUGAUCUUAGACGUGCGGCUUUUAAGACGAAUUCACUUGCAGCUAAGGCUGUUAUUGAUCAGCUUUUGAGGAUGAUCAAGGAAUUGGAUACUCCUACAUUGCAAAUUGCUGCUAUUAAAUCAAUUGGUUCAUUAGCAAGGACUUUCCCAGCAAGGGAGACUCGAGUGAUUGGUCCUUUGGUGACGCAGCUUGCAAAUAAGGAUCAACAAGUGGCAAUGGAAGCUGCCAUUGCAUUGCAGAAGUUUGCAUCUCCGGACAAUUUUCUUUGUAUGGACCAUUCAAAAUCGAUAAUUGAGUUCAAUGGUGUUCCACCUUUGAUGAGAUUGCUUAGAAGUGAAAUGACGCAGCUGCACGGAGUGAUCCUGCUCUGCUACCUUGCUAUACAUUCCGGUGAUAACGAGGCUUUAGAACAAGCUAGGGUUUUGACAGCCCUUGAGGGGGCAGACCGAACUGUGGUUGCACAACAUCCUCAUUUGAAAGAAUUGGUGUCCAAGGCCAUAUAUCACCUCAACCUUUAUCACACUGGAGUCCAUCCUCAGAGGCAAUCCUAUGCGCCUUGAAUUUGCACCCUAUAUUUUUGUUAGGGGUAUUGUUCUACUUUUCAGGUAGAUUGGAAGGCAAGCUAAUACGCAUACACGGAUAAACAAGAUUUGGAUCAGUUAGAAAAAAGAAUAGUUUCAUCAAAGUAGACAGGCUUCUGCUUAAUCAAGUAUACAUUGUUCAAAAUACCUUAGAUGCUUUAAUGCCUUUUUUUAGUGGUCAAAUUGUUUGUGAAUAUUUUCAUUUUUUGUUUAUAUGAAAAUAGAGUUACUGAUUC